AUUGACCUCUACCUCUAUAUUUCAUUUCUGCAAUUCUCGACAGUUUAGAAUUAUUCUGCAUAAUAUAGAUGCUAUGUUUGAUUAGAAAUAGUUACCAGGUAGUCCAAAGAGGCGUAGUUCUACUGCAGAUGUUUUGAUUGCUAGGAAAAGCUACUAAGUCUAUGUACUAACACCAGACAGUAUUAUAGAUCAAUUUAUUACCAUCAACAUGGAGAAGGCACGCCAUGUUGAAGAUGUUCAUCGUAAUUCUAAAGUUGAUCAGGAACCAUUCUUCCCACUUGUUAUUAUACAAUUUGCAUCCAGCACCAAGCAAGCGGCAAUAACAUGGUUGAUAGCGAAGCUACAAGCGUCAAGAAACGAAGGGGGUGCAGAAUUAACUGUUCAGACUAUGGUCAUGCCACACAGUGAUGAAACUAAUAAAGAAGACGAUAACAGUAUGGAAACCAUGUUAUAUAUUGGUGCCAGUACAAAUCGUUUAUUAUUAGCCGCUGAGAUGAUGGAAAUGAAAAAACUUCACGCAGAUGGUCGUAUGAGAGAAGUUGUUAUACAUGAUUUACAGUCAUUUCAAGGUUCAGAUGAUCUUUCCACGUUCUUUACUAAGGGUGAAAAACAGAAGAUAUUAUUACAUGAGAUCGAAGGUGUGAGAGCGGAACCACUGGAUACAAAUAUACCCGGUUAUGAACAAAUAAGACUUUAUCCGGGAAAAUCUAUUUUAAAAAAGUAUUUAAGUCGUGGUUUAGUUUUACAGUUUUAUCCUUUACAUGAUGAGGAAGAAAUCAAGAGAUUAGGUGAUGAAUGGUAUCAAUAUAAAAAGGUCUUCAGUGAACAACCUCUGGAUAAAAUUCGUAAUUAUUUUGGAGAGAAGAUUGCCAUAUAUUUUGCCUUCUUGGGAAUCUACACUGUAGCGUUAUUCCCACCAGCAUUGAUUGGAAUAAUCUAUCUGGUUACGUUCUGGAAGAGCGUGUACAGGGAAGCCAUUUUUGCCGUUUUCAAUUUAAUCUGGUCUACAUUAUUACUGGAAGCAUGGAAACGCUAUUCAUCCGAACUCAGCUAUAAAUGGGGAACAUUGAACUCUUCUUCUGCUUCAAAGAUUGAUGAACCAAGAGCUGAUUAUAGCGGAGAUUUGGGACGCAAUCCUGUCACUGGUAACCCCGAACCAGUUUACCCAAAAUGGAAGCGAUCGUGUCGGUUUUAUUUAGUCAGUGUCCCUAUUAUAAGCAUCUGUUUGAUUGUGGCAUUUAUUGUUAUGUUAUUGUAUUUCUGGAUGCAAGCUUGGGCAGACAGCGUUUAUCAUUCUAGCGGAGAAAGAUGGCUGUAUUUAACGAUUCUGUAUACUCCUACGAUUGUGUAUUCUGUGGCUAUUUUUAUAAUGAAUACAGUUUAUAGAAUGAUUGCUAAAGAAUUGAAUGAUUUUGAAAAUCAUCGGUUGGAAUCAUCUCAUGAAAAUCACUUUAUUUUAAAACUUGUUCUGUUUGAUUUUGUCAAUUGCUUUAUGUCCCUGUUUUAUGUAGCUUUCUAUCUUCAAGACAGAACUCUUCUUAGAAGUCAUUUAGCUUGUUUACUGAUAACAUCACAAUUAAUUGGUCAAGUUCAGGAAGCUAUGGUGCCAUAUUUCUUCUUUAAACGGCGGGAGACGCAACUAGCUCACGCUAUGAAGAAAAGUGAAAAUUUAAAACAGCUAGAUGAUCGAGCUGAAAUAGAUAAAGCGAUACAAAAACAAGCCGUUUUGGAGGGUACUAUGUCCGUGUAUGAGGGAACAAUGGACGAUUAUCUGGAAUUGUUUCUCCAGUUUGGAUAUGUUUUCCUGUUUUCCUCAGCUUUUCCUCUGGCAGCAUUAUGGGCAUUAUUAAACAAUGUGACAGAGAUAAGAACUGAUGCCUUUAAAAUGUGUCGAGUAUAUCAACGUCCUUUCUGUGAAUCAGCUUCUAAUAUUGGUGCCUGGCAGGUAGCGUUUGAAGUUAUUGGAUUGAUAUCUGUUAUAACCAAUACAGCUUUAAUUGGUAUGGAUCCGACAGUACAGAAAUUACUACCAUCAGACAUGUCAGCUGUUAAUAUAGUCUUAAUCUUUGUCAUAGUGGAGCAUGCAGUUCUAGCUAUUAAAGGGGCUGUGGCCUAUUUUAUACCAGAUAUGCCUAAAUGGGUACAAAUUGAACUGGCCAGGGAAGAUUACCAAUCUAAACAAGCCUUACAAAAAGAGCGACUGUCAGCAGCAAACAGAAAAAGGCAAGAGCUACAUGAAAUUUCCAGACCAAGGAUGUCUUCUAGAUCCACGGAGAUAUAACAACUAUAAUACACGUGUAUUUAUGAAAGUCAAGGGUAGAUUGCAAUAAACAUUUGAAAUCAUUGAGGUCAAGUCAGACGUGGAUCCAUGAUAAAUUUAGGGGGUUCAGUCUUUGAAUUAGUUUAAAAUGGCAUCUGCAUUUUUUUCUAAAUUUUCUGGGUGUGGCCACCCAAACCCCUGUCAUUGGCACUUCACAUUUGGAGCUGGUUAAUUGUCACUACAACAUGUCAAAAAUAUAUUGUUUCAAUGGCAUUCAGUAACUGCUUAUUAUUGCUCGAUAACGACUAGAGAAGCCUAGUUGAAACGUCGCUAAUAAUAAGCAAUAAUUGUAUUCCAUAGAAUUGUGACCUGUAUAUUGCAGUUCAAUAUUGAAAUCUGUAAUUUCUGGACCCCUCCCUUACUGAAAAUCUGGAUCCGACCCUGCAAGUGAAAGAACACUGCUCAAUAACAUCUCAGGCAACAUUAUUAGUAUAUAGUAUAGAAAAUGUUAGAUAUUUUAUGGAGAAUUUUGUAUGGAUAUAGAAUGUAGUAGAUUUUUUAUUUCCUGGGUAAAAGACUUCUUUCACAAGAUUAAAGAUACAUUAUGUAAGAUUUAGAUAAAGAGCUGACCAUUCUUGCUAUAAUAGCUCAAAAAUAGAUAAUGUAAAAUGAAAAUUUCAUUCAAAUUACUUCAUUCUGAGUCAAGUUAUCACUGUUUGUAGUUUUGACAAGAUGUGUGCAUAGUGGUAACCAGGUCACUGGUAUAUUCGAGACUUAACCUCGCUUUCCCUUUUUUAAAUUGAAUUUUUAAAUUGCGAACUGUUCUAAUCUAGUUAAAAUCUUGAAUAUCCGAUGCCAACGAGAGUCGAUUAUGGUCUUGUCAUGUUGAAAAAAUGUCUAAUUAAUAGUUUAUAUAACAUUUCAGACCUAAAGAAAGACCUACAAUAGGCAGAUUUAGCUUUUUCAUAAUGUAUAUUUAAUAUUGUGUAUUUUUUACAUGUAACUUCUGGAAAUUAAUCAUUUACCAAAUUUUAAUCAUAUCAGAUUAAAUUUAAUGUACUUCAUCUUCUGCAUAAUUCAGUAACUAUUUCCAGAAGAGUUAUAACUUAUAUUCCCUGUUUAGCAUAAUAAACCUUCCAUACUCUUUUUUGUACCCACGUAUGUGCCUUUUAUUAAAUAUCUCUGCAGCUUCUCUUGUUUCUUAACCGUUUCUAUAGCAACAGAUGACAUCAGUUAACUGAUGAGUAGUAUAAAAUGUUUGGAAGCCAUAAUAAUUUAUGUCCAAUUUCCUGUUUUCAUUUUAUUAUUAUAAAAUUAAAUGGCAAUUUAUUCUGUAUUUGAUAAGAAAUUCAGUAUUAAUAUUGUAUUAUUCAGCCUAUAUUGGAAAUUUCCUUCUGAAUAAAUGCUGGUAAUUUCAUUUUUUGUGGGAAAACAUUUUCUUUGACUGUUACGUAAUUACAAGGCCAUACAAAAAAAAUAUUUGUGUUCUCAGACAAUCCUUCCGAAAAUCUGAUGCGAGGGCAAGGUUUUUAUUUUUGUUUGUUUAUUUUGUCAGUGGAUCACAUUUUAAGACACUGAUCAUUUAUCUCAUGUUGUUUAAGGAAAUGAAUGAUUAUCCAGUAUCAUUUACUCUAGUUGUUUAAUAGUCUCUAUCAUCCAGACAAAUAUUCUAUGAAUAUACGUUGAAGACUAGGGGGUUCUGGGUGACCGAGACUAGUUGUUUAAAGGAUGUAUGAUUAUCCAGUAUCAUUUAUCACCUGUUGUUUAUAGGAUGUUUGAUUAUCCAGUAUCAUUUAUCUUCUGUUGUUUAUAGAAUGAAUGAUUACUCAGUAUCAUUUAUGAUGGUCAAUAACAUUUAUCAAGGUUGCGUAUUUGAUAAAUGAACCUAUGGUACACUUCAAAUUUGCUUCCUGUAGAUUAGGUAGGGGAAUAUAUUUGAAGCAUGAGGUAAUUAAUGAGAUUGUUUUUUAUUUCUUAAAUUAAAAACAGAUAAUGCGACCCUUUUUAAGUGGUGCGAGAGUAUUAUGAGAACCACAAUAUUUUUUUUUGUCUGGCCUGAUGUUAGAAUUUUUAUAAGUAGGAUACAUGUAUUCUCAACCAAAUUGUUAUAAGUAGGAUAUUUUCCACCAGAUAUUUAAGUAAUUACAAUGUGAGUAUUGUUAUAAAUAUGGUAUUCUCUAUCACAUUAUUAUAAGUAGGAUAUUCUCUACCAGAUGUUUAGGUAAUUACAAUGUGAUUAUUGUUAUAAAUAUGGUAUUCUCCAUCAAAUUGUUAUAAGUAGGGUAUUCUCUACCAGAUAUUAUGUAAUUACAAUGUGAGAAUUGUUAUAAAUAUGGUAUUCUCCGCCUUUUAUAAGUAGGAUAUUCUCAACCAAAUGUUAUGUCAUUACAAUGUGAGUAUUGUUAUAAAUAGGGUAUUCUCUACCAAAUUGUUAUAAGUAGGAUAUUUUCUACCAAAUGUUUAUAUAAUUACAAUGUGGGUAUUGUUAUAAAUAUGGUAUAAGUAGGAUAUUCUCCACCAGAUGUUAAGUAAUUACAAUCCAUGAGUAUUGUUAUAAAUAAUGUAUUCUCUACCAAAUUGUUAUAAGUAGGAUAUUUUCCACCAGUUAUUUAUGUAAUUACAAUGUGAGUAUUGUUAUAGAUAUGGUAUUCUCCACCUGUUAUAAGUAGGGUAUUUUCCACCAGCUAUUUAUAUAAUAACAAUGUGAGUAUUGUUAUAAAUAGGAUAUUCUCUACCAAAUUGUUAUAAGUAUGAUAUUCUCCAACAGAUGUUUACGUAAUUACAAUGUGAGUAUUUUUAUAAAUAGGGUAUUCUCCACCUAUUAUAAGUAGGAUAUUUUCCACCAGAUAUUUAAGUAAUUACUAUCUGAGUAUUGUUAUGAAUAUGGUAUAAGUAUGAUAUUUUUCACCAGAUAUUUAAGUAAUUACAAUGUGAGUAUUGUUAUAAAUAUAGUAUUCUCUACCAAAUUGUUAUAAGUAGGAUAUUCUCUACCAGAUAUUUACAUAAUUACAUUGUGGUUAUUGUUAUAAAUAUAGUAUUCUCCAUCAAACUGUUAUGUAAUUACAAUCCAUGAGUAUUUUUAUAAAUAGGGUAUUCUCCAUCAAACUUUUGAAUAUUGGAAAUAAACCAGUGUACAUUGUGUAACUUUUUCUGUUUUUCAUGGGUUAUCCUUAAGAAGCAGAUCAUUCGUGAUUUUUAUUUUUUUGAUUUGUUUCCAUUGUCAUGAAUGUGUCUGUUUCUUAGAAUAGUAAAUAAAUAAUUGUUUUAAAACCAAAAUCAUUUUGUACAUUAUAAGAAUUAAAUGUUUACAUGUAUUUAGUUGCAUGCUUAUGUAAACAAGUCAAGUAACGCAGUUUAAUUAAUUACUGUAUGUGUUAUAACAUGGUUUAGUUAGGUUGCCAUGGUGUCUUGUCUGCAAUAAGCCUCAGAAGCUGAUCCCCACAAACGAACCCACUUGCCAUCAUAGAUGACACAUAAAUGUAGACUAGAUACUAUAUGUAGUUUAUAGAAGUCGUAACAGUUUGAUGCACAGUUGAUUCUGUGAAACUUUAUUUAGUCAAUUGUCAUCUAAGUCUCUGAAUAAUUUCAAUUAGUUAGUUUAAUGAAAGUGUAAAAUAAAAGUUAUUUAAAUUCCAGAAAUUGUAAAAUAGAAGUUAUUUAAAUUCCAGGCACAUGAAUAAUUUCACUUACCGUAGUUUGAAUAAAUUAUGAAAUAGCAGUUACUUAAAUUUCAGGCACUAUAUGAAUUUCACUUAGUUUGAUGAAAUUGUGAUAUAGAAGUUAUUUAAAGUCCCGAUGCACCAUUUUAAGCAAUAGCAAUCACUUGCAAAAUACACUUGCAAAUAGGAAUAUCAGUCAAAAAAUGGUUAAAUUCCAUUCAGUAGUUACAAAGAUGUGGAAUUGGAAAUUUAAUCGAAAUAUUCUGCUCACAAUGUAAUAAUUAAGCCUGUCAUUUUGUUGUCCGCGAAUAUUUAUAAGUAGACUUUUUUAAAAUCCAAGCCGUGAAAUUAUCUAGCGUAAAUAUUUUGAUUUCUUAAUUAAAUGUUAAACAGUCUAUCAGUACAUUUUAGCCUGUAUUAAAUUGUGACAAAUUUGAUAUUUUAGUGAAAAAUGCAUAUGACACAUCGAUAUUUUAAAUUCAGUAGUCUGGAUGUAUAACCUUAUUUAUGCUAUUUUUGUGUAUAGAAAAUAGAUAUGUAAUAUUUAUUAUAUAUAUAUAUUAGUUGAUAGAUUUGUGUGGAGGGUCAAUUAUUAAUUAUGUAUUUUACAGCUAUUUAUGUUUUAGUAUCAGAUUUAUAUCUUAUUGAUAUUUAGCCGAUCAGGUAGGCCUGAUGUAUUAGUAUGUUAUUCAGAUGAAGGGCAGGAGGACUGCACUAUACACAACACGAAACUAAAAAGACAAACUACACAGACAUAGCCAGAAAAAAAACCCUCAAAUUUUCAAAUCAAGUGAAUGGAUCCGGAGGCGGUCGUAAGCGUCCGUAGAUUAUUCAUAUGUACACAUUUAACAAUUGCGCGACAUAUUUAUUUUUCGCAUUAAUAGUUCAAUUUGGUUUGCCACUAGCAGUCUCUGCAAGAUGAUUUGCUCCAUUCAUGUUGAAGAUGGUUUUGUGGGUUUUUGGUUCUAAACAAAAUUUCAGGGGAAAUCAAUGCAAUUUGCAGAUAUAUGUACUUGCAUUUUGUUUCAUGACGAUAACCACAUGUUGUCACAAGUAGGCUACUUACAUUUGUUAUACUCAAAUAUCUUUUAAUUUGAUUUAACUCUGAUCUACGCAUUUGAGAUAACUAAAUCUAUUAAUUCUUCAACAGGCAAUUUGAUUGACAAAAAUAUUGAUUUUGUUCAAAUUAGGCCAGGCCAAUUACACCAAUUUGAUUUUCUGUACUUAAUAACAUCAAUCUCUUUCAAAGGAGGAUUACAGAAUUCUUCUAAUAUUUCUGUAAAAGAUGACUGCCUUCAACAUGUGACGUCACACCACGCAGCAUCAGUCAUUGGAUGAAUGGCAUGUGCAUUGUUUACAUAAGACGUUACUGGUUCGGGCAGAAUGGUGCCUUUUACUCAUUUUAAUAUCCAUUUACACUAAAUAGAAAAUAUUUUUUACCUACAAAUACUUCAAACAUCUUUAUUUAUUUUUCUAAUACAUAUAAAAAAAAAUGUUUUAGAAUUUAAUUUGUUGGAGGAAAAAAGUUAAUAUUUGGGGCUCAUUAAGUCGCAUCAAUGUCAUCCUUAUCAAUGAUUGUAGCGGCCUUGCAAAUAUUCACUGCUGAUCAGUGUGCGGGAACAUCUGUAAAAAAUUUUCUUUCUUACUUUUUCCUGAAAAAGAUUUGUUUGAAAACCAAAUGGACUUGGUAGUUAAGUUCGAAAUAUUUACGUUUUGAAAUUUUAAAUAAAACAUCUGUCACAUGGUUCUAGUAGCUAUUUAUUUAUCAAGACUCUGAAGAACAGAAAAUAUAAAUUGGUCUGGCCUCAGUGUGCUUGUUAUUGUUCAAUCUGAUUAAAACACAGAUCCUAUUUCGUUUCGUUUUUAUAGUUCAAAAUCUCUUUUUACAUGUCUUUACUACACUUGGAUCUGGAAGAAUUGUUAUCAUUGACAUGUUCUGGAUGGUGUGAGGGAUUAGCCAAUGAAACGGUCUGUUACGGCGAGUUUUUGGCCUUUUUACACACAGAACUGUGGGUAAACCACUACAAACGUCAACGCUGAUUGAUUAAUUAAUGUCUGACGUCAUAGGGUAAAAAGCCACUCGUUUGACCCUUGACGUGAACUCCCACUAUAACUUGUCAAAUCUUCAUGUAGUGUAGGCCAUCGAAAGUAUAAAAAAUGAAACGAGAUAUAGAUCUAUAUUUUAAUCAAAUUGUGUUAUUAUUAAGAAAAACCUCUUUACUGGAUUUUUUUAUCUGUUGAAUUAUUUUUAAAUAUCUUUGCAACAAAGCCAAUUUUAAAUGUAUAUUUGUGAUUUAUUAGUAUUUAACUGUUAGUAUUUCUUAUGAUUGUUAUAAAAGCUGAAAUUAAUAUACAAAUCAGAUGUUUUAUUUAUUUUGUGUUAAUAUUUUUAAAAUCUUUAAUAUUCAAAUAUAAUAAUUUUGUAUCCUUUUGUUCAAUUUAUGCAACUAUUUUUGUUUGUUCAAUUUAUGCAACUAUUUUUAUUUGUUCAACUACCUGCUGUAUUAUUGAAUUGUUAAAUCAUUAAAGGGGUAUUAUGGGAGAUUAGAUAAAGAGCUGGCAGUUCUCACUUUAAUAGUUAAAAACUAGAUAAUGUAAAGGGAAUUUGCUGAAAAUUUCAGUCAAAUUGAUCCACUCUGAAGCGAGACAUUAGCUUUUAAAUUUCAGGCCUAGCCUCGAUCAUCAUGGUUUUUCUUAAUUUUUUAAAUACCGGUAGUCGAAAUACAUGUAUCUUUUAAAGAUCUUGCCACUUUUCAGGAAUUAUAACCUCCAUUCGAUUUAACAUAAUGAUAAUUAUAUGUGAUCGCAUUACUAAAUGCUGCCAUUUUUAUGUGCUCAUAUAUUGAUGUCACCUCUGUUAGUUCAGCAAUACGCCUGUCGUUCACAUUUCUUGUCAGAAGAUAAUUAGCUACUAAUAUACCAAAAAUCUUUUGGAAUUGACAUGGGUUGUCUAUCUUGUUGAAGUGAAGAUAAUUAGCUACUAAUAUACCAAAAAUCUUUUGGAAUUGACAUGGGUUGUCUAUCUUGUUGAAGUGAAGAACUCUGAUUUUUAACAUUUUUGAUAAUCACUACCAGAGUUGUGCCCCUUUGUUACUUCAUAGUCUGGAAAUAUGACUCCAUCUUUCAGAAAUUUAUAUUGAUAGUCAAUCAGCUUUGUAUGAAAGAAUCCUAUUGAUUUUCAACAAUGUUCUACUAUUCUCUUUUUUCGCAAAAAUUUGUUAGCACCUACAUCAGUGGUUCUCAACCAGUGUGCCGUGGCACGCAGGUGUGCCGCGAGAUCUUCCUAAGUGUGCCGCGAAAGUUUGCACAGCAAACUAAGAAAAUGUGGAAAACCAUGUUAACCUAAUUGAGCAUUCCCUAGAGUUCCUGGCUGUGUUUUUUUAAUAUUUAGUUUGAGUCAUUCUAUGUGUCUAUUACUAGGUCUGUAUCUACGGUUGUAUGCCAUCUGACUUAUCAUCAUUUUAUUUUGCAAAAUUCAAAUUUUUUUUCAUAUAUAUUUAGCGAGAUGUGCCGCUAUUUUUUUAUGCGUCCCAAAGUGUGCUGUUGGAAAAAAAAGGUUGAGAACCACUGAACUUUAUGUUAGUCUUUAUAAUGAUCUGAUGUUUUUUAAAUUUUGCGAGUAGUUUAAUUACUUUAAUAUCUCUUAAAAUACAGAUGCGACGUCAUCCUUUGAUGUUGGCGUACCAUUAUUUCCAAUAAUGUACGGGCAACUUGCCAGUCUAACAUUAUCUAUACUAGAUGAAAUAUUGGACUCGCGUGACGUAUGUCAUUGAAAAGCAUGUGGGGGAUAGUGUCUGUAUUUUAAGUGGUUUAAUGGUCUCGAGCUAAAGACAUUGCGUAAUAUAUUGAAACAACACUCGGCUAACACCUCGUGCAGUAUCAAUAUAUUACUUAAUGUCUCGCUCUCGACCAUUAAACAAUACAUAAUGGCUUAGACGACUUAACGCUGGGGCAUGAUAUUUCUGAUGGGCAUGAAUCGUAAACCAAAUAUCUUUGUUUUCUUACUUUUUUAUCUUUGAACAAUGUUAUUCUGUGUUUUUUUUCAAUUUUUAUUAACAGAUUUAUUAUAGGCAUAAAAAUAUAUAACUUUUUGUGCGGCUGUAAUGAAUAAAUAUUGUGGACGGUAGUAUUCUUUUGUUACAUUUAAUUGUGUUUAUUCUGUUUGUAAUAAAACCUAAUAUUUAAAAAACGUUUAA